AUGGCCAGCCAAGACCUCCCGCCAUGGAUGACGCUUGCCACCAGCACCUUUACCGACGCUGCGGGAAACCCGACCGCAACGGCUGAAGUGACGCUAGAGCUGCCGUUGACUUACUUCGGACCCAGCGUGAGUCUCCCUCUGCGACUGAGCUGGCACGGGCAAAUUGCUCGAUUACGUACGGUCGGAUUGACUGCUUGGGGACAGAUACCGCUCGGUCCGGACUGGGUAUGGGGUGGCUCGACAGAACCAGCGUCCAUCGGCAUCCCAAACACGGGCAUUACGACCACGACAGCGAUACCUACCUCCGCGCCGGCGACCACCACCAGCGUAGCGACGACCGUACCGACGGCUUCGGAAAGCUCGGACACUGCCUCCGAUACAUCCGCUACGACGUCAUUAACCUCUAUCGGCCCGUCCACAUCCAGCAUACCGAGCUCGCAAACAGCCCCUGUAACGAGCAUUGCACCGACCGGCACGCUAUUAUCUUCGUCACCCGUUCUGCCGUCAACACUUUCUUCGUCCUCCGCUAUUCCAACCGCAGUCUCCGGUCACACCUCCCAUUCGCGCACAGUUACCUUGAUCGCGGCCAUAGUCGGUGGCGUUGCCGGACUCUUCCUCAUCGCCGCACUCCUCAUCGGUUGUUGGUUGUGCUGGCGCAGACGCCGCCAACGUCAAGCCCCGUUAGGCACUGGUUGGGAGAUGAUCUACCCCGAAGACCCGUCAGCCUUGCAAUCGCCCAUUUCACCGACUCAUAGCAUCGAAGGAGAACGUCCCCAGUCUCCAGGAGAGGGCGGAGGAGAGGAGGACCCGUUCUUGCAAAGGAGCAAUCGAGCGGAUAUGGAGAUGAUCGGCGGUGCGAGGCUGGUGACCGUUCCCCCGCACGUGCUCAGGCCAUCCGACUCGGGUGGGGAUGAUGGAGGAAUGUACUACGUGGAUGCAAUGGAGGAUCGGGCGUUCUACAAUCCCGACGAGGAGAAAGAGCGAGAGCGUCAGGCUCAAUUGACCAACGCGGCUGCAACGAACGCCAUGGUCACGCAACCUCAAUCCCAGCGCAAUUCGGACUCGGACCCUGAGGUCGGCGUCGUCGGUUCCAGGAGGCACUCUCAGAAGGAAGACGAACAAGCACAGACCAUGCGCGACGCGCAGCCGCAAUCAGACGGCGAAGACGACCUGGACGGGACGACAGCACACGACCACGACGAGGCACCAGACGCGGACGCGCCUCUCCUUCGUCGCCCGGGCGCGGCACUGUGGCUUGGCCGCUCCCCAGCCGGCCUUGACCGCGCCUCGCCAAAUCCAUCCCGACGCUCACGCGGUUCACGCGCAAACACGCCCUUCGGCUCGCGGAGCGCACUCAGCAUUCCACACUCGGAUGCGGGUGAGGUCGAGCACGCGGAGCUCCUGACCGCCACCCGAGUGCACACGCCGUACGGCACGCCCGUCGCUGCGCACCCUCAGCUUCACGGAAGCGGGAACGAACGCGCGGUUGGUGCCGGGAGCGUGAGCAGCGCUUCGUCGAACAGCAUACUUGGCUUGAGCGGGCUCGCGCGCAUCGGCAGAUUCAGCUGGUUCAGGCGCAUAGAUUCUGGUGCCAGUGGCCGUUCAUCAACUGCCGCCGCUGCCCGUCCCUCAUCUCGCGCGACCGGAAACAGGUCACGCCCCACGUCACGCCCGUCAUGGUACACGCCCCGCACACCUGGAGCUAACGACGUGGAAGCCGGUACCGGAUCAAGCAACGGCGCAGGCUUGCUUGGCGCUGAUCUGGUCGGGCGGCGAAUUGUGCCACCGUCCUCGUACAUGGCCGUUGCGCAAGGUGAUGGCGAGCGCCCGAUAUCGACAGUGAGCGGACGCAGCGCGGUCAGUUCCGGCAACACGAUCUACUACGACGCGCCAUCCCGUCCUCUUACGCCCGGCACGCCUGUAACUUCGGCUGCAACUGCCUUCCCUCCCGUUCCGCCGAUGCCUGCGUCGUUCCGUUCCCGUCCCGCCACGCCGCCAUCCGGACAGACACCCGCAUCCGGCGUGGCGACUCCCACUGCGGCCCAUCUGCGCGGAGGCGAUCAUCCUGGUUCGUCUCAUGCCGCUGUGCCGACCACCGGACCUCCCGCCUAUGAGGAUUUGCCGACAACCCAGAGUCAGUAUUUCACGCCGACGGAGAUCCCUCCGGGCGUUGAUGUUCUUGACCUGCCUAUCCCGCGACCGGCGUCACCCUUCUCAACCGUCUCCUCGACCAACUCCAACCGGCCCCGUCCGAAGUCGCUCCAGUUCCCUCCUGGCCUUGCCCCGAGCGCAAUCCCGAGCCCAAGGGUAUGGACCGAUCUCGCCAACUCGAGCUCGAGCCGCGAGGGAGUCAGUCCUGCCGCCAGCAACGUCGGGAGCGGGGUCAGCGGGAUCGGCAUCACCUUAGAGUUGGAGGAUGCCCCUCCCAGCGCUGUUGGUGGAUGGAGGACGUUGGCGAGCGCUAAUGAUCGACGUACGACGUUCGGGCAGGCUCCUGUCCUUGUUCAUCCGGAGCGCACUCAGACGUCUGACCAAGGCUCGCUACAUUCUCAUGUACACUCCAUCCCCGGCUCCUCUCGCGGCUCGGAUUCGGUACCUCCGUCAGGACGGUACAUCCCGAUUGCCAGCAUCGGUUCCCGCUCUGCCUCUUCGCUCCACUCUGGCCCCCGUUCACAGGAGCCGUCCGGGAGCAGCGGCGAGACGGGCGGCGCGACGCUCUCGCACUCAGGUUCGAUCUCGUCCGAUGACCGCAUUAAGCGCGGCCGACGGACACGUUCACCCGCCGACCUGCGCUCUCCCCAUGUCAGCCUCGGUGCCGUCGGUGGCCGCGUUCCACGGCUGCCCGAACUAAACCUCCCGUCGUCACCGCUGCACCUGUCACCCCAAGCGUCCGGGGACGACAUUACUACUGCGUCCACCGGGCACUCCCCGCUCCUCGGCUCGACGCGCGCCGGCACCGUCUCUGGUACCAUAGGCACUACUGCCACUAACUCCUCCGUGUCCACGCAUACGAGCAUCACCGAUCCGUCUACGGGUAUCGUGAUGCACUUCCCAAGCGUGCCAUGGACAAGUGGCCAGGAGCGCGACUGGCCCGCGGACGCGUGGUCCGAGUUCCCUGGUGAAGACGGGAUGCGGUGUUGGGGUCCUCCAAGCCGCCUAUUCGCGAUGCGCUCGACGUUACGGCAACAAAAUGACCUGGAGCACGUCUAA